AUGAUUUUUGUCUACAAGCGAGCAGACGGCCGCAAGGAAGAGGUCCGUUUCGAUAAGGUGACUGCCCGUGUGGCAAAACUAUGCUACGGGCUCGACAUGAACUAUGUCGACCCGAUCGAAAUCACGCGCAAGGUGAUCGACGGCAUCUACGAAGGUGUGACCACGGUUGAGCUCGACAACCUCGCGGCAGAGACUGCUGCAUACAAGACCACUACCCACCCGGACUACGCGGUGCUGGCGGCGCGUAUCGCCAUCAGCAACCUGCACAAGGAGACCAAGAAGCACUUCAGCCAUGUGGUCCAAGACCUGUACGACUAUGUGAACCCCAAGACGAGGAAGCACAGCCCCAUGAUCUCCAAGGAGACAUACGAGGCCGUGAUGAAGAACCGUGACACACUCGACUCGGCGGUGAUUUACGAGCGCGACUUCCACUACAACUUCUUUGGCUUCAAGACGCUCGAGCGCUCCUACCUGCUGCGGAUCAAUGGCAAGGUUGCGGAGCGCCCCCAGCACAUGCUCAUGCGCGUCGCCGUCGGCAUCCACGGCGAGGACGUGGCGAGCGCGAUCGAGACGUACAACUACAUGUCCGAGAAGGCCUUUACACACGCGUCGCCGACCCUGUUCAAUGCCGGCACGCCCAACCCCCAAAUGUCGUCGUGCUUCCUUGUGAGUAUGAAGGACGACUCGAUCGAGGGUAUAUACGACACGCUCAAGACCUGUGCGAUGAUCAGCAAGACGGCCGGCGGUAUUGGUCUGAACAUCCACAACAUUCGUGCGACGGGCUCGUACAUCGCCGGCACGAACGGUGUGAGCAACGGUAUUGUGCCCAUGCUCCGCGUGUACAACAACACGGCGCGCUACGUGGACCAGGGCGGCAACAAGCGCCCGGGCGCCUUUGCGAUCUACCUGGAGCCGUGGCACUCGGACGUUUUUGAAUUUAUUGAUCUGCGCAAGAACCAUGGCAAGGAGGAAGUGCGCGCGCGCGACCUGUUCCUGGCGCUGUGGAUUCCCGAUCUGUUCAUGCGCCGUGUCGAACAGAACGGCGACUGGUCGCUGAUGUGCCCCGCCGAGUGCCCAGGUCUGGCUGACUGCUAUGGCGAGGAGUUUGAUGCUCUGUACGAGAAGUACGAGCGCGAGGGCCGCGCCAAGCGCUCUGUCAAGGCGCAGAAGCUGUGGUACGCUAUCCUCGAGGCGCAAAUUGAGACGGGCAAUCCUUUUGUCCUGUACAAGGACUCGGCGAACCGCAAGAGUAACCAGAAGAACCUGGGCACGAUCAAGAGCUCGAACCUGUGCACGGAGAUUAUCGAGUACAGCUCGCCGGACGAGACAGCUGUGUGCAACCUGGCGUCGAUUGCGCUGCCGACGUUUAUUGAGGGCACCGGUGCCUCGAAGACAUACAACUUCCAACGCCUGCACGACGUGUCGAAAGUGGUGUGCAAGAACCUGAACCGCAUCAUCGAUAUCAACUACUACCCUGUGGAGAGUGCACGUCGCUCGAACAUGCGGCACCGCCCCAUCGGUAUCGGUGUCCAGGGCCUUGCCGAUGCGUUCAUGAUCAUGGGCUAUCCGUUCGACAGCCAGGAGGCGCGCCUGCUGAAUGUGCAGAUCUUUGAGACCAUUUACCAUGCGGCCUUGGAGCGCAGCUGUGAGCUGGCGGCCGAAUAUGGCACAUACGAGACGUACGAGGGCAGCCCUGCCUCGCAGGGCCUCCUGCAGUACGACAUGUGGAACCGCACGCCGUCGGACCUGUGGGACUGGGCCUCGCUCAAGGCAAAGAUUGCCCAGCACGGUCUGCGCAACUCGCUGCUGAUGGCGCCCAUGCCGACGGCCUCCACGAGUCAGAUCCUUGGCUUCAACGAGUGCUUUGAGCCGUACACGAGCAACAUUUACAUGCGCCGUGUGCUUGCCGGUGAGUUCCAGGUGGUCAACCCGUGGCUGCUGCGCGAGCUUGUCGAGCUGGGCCUCUGGAAUGACUCGAUGAAGCAGAAGAUUAUUGCGCAUGGCGGCUCAAUCCAGAACAUCGCUGGCAUCCCUGACCACAUCAAGGCCCUCUACAAGACUGUGUGGGAGAUCAGCCAGAAGGUGAUUCUCGAUAUGGCCGCAGACCGUGGCGCCUUUGUGUGCCAGAGCCAGAGUCUCAACAUCCACCUGAGCGCGCCGACGUUUGGUCAGCUUACGUCGAUGCACUUUUACGGCUGGAAAAAGGGUCUCAAGACGGGCUCGUACUACUUGCGCACACGCCCGGCUGCGCAGGCGAUCCAGUUCACUGUGGACACAGCUGAGGUGAAGGCCGCGAAGGAGGUCAAGAAGGCCAGCGCCGCACAGAUCGCGAGCGAGCGCAGCGGCCGCGCGAACGAGGGCGCACGCAGCGCCCUGGCUGCUUCCACGACGGGCAACGCAGCUGUGCCGAAUACGAACGCGCCGGUCGCCAACGGCACAGCCAGCGACGCGGCUGCGCUGACCAGCCAGGCAGUGCCUGCUGGCGCCGGAGGCCGCUACGAGUCGAUGGUGCAGGGCGUCGGCCGCCUCGGUGUGGACGGCACCGUCACCGAGGACGGCCCUGGCAAGCCGCGUCCGGGCGAGGACGGCAGUGCGGCCCCCGCGGAGGACGAAGGAUUUAAGGCUGCACAGGAGCGCGCCCGGCGCCGCCAGGAAGAGGCUGACGCACGCCUUGCCUGUUCGCUCGAGAACAAGGACGCAUGCCUUAUGUGCUCUGGCUAG